CUCCGGAAAUCCUGGAGCGGCGUCAUUGGGACUUGGCGUGGCGUGGGAGCAGCAUGGGGGCUCCUGGAGGGAAAAUCAACCGGCCGAAGACGGAGCUGCAGAAGAAACUUUUCAAAAGACGCCGCGUUUUGAGCAAGCAGAAGAGAAAGAAACACCGGAUUGUGGGCGCCGUGGUGGAUGAGGGGCUCAUCACCGUCCACCACUUGAAGAAACGCUGCUCCAGCUCUCGAUCUAACAUCACUCUUUCGGGGAAGAAGAGGAGGAAACUGCUGAAGCAGCUCCGCCAUACUGCGAAGGAGAUGGUUGCCAUGCAAGUUGAUGUGUCUCCUGGUCCAAGUAAAAAACCCCGGCGCAGGAAGGGGAAAAGAGAAAGAAUGCAAGAAAAGUUUGCAGCCAGCCUGGAUAUAGAGAUGGUAGAAGUGGCGCCAAUCGCAGAGAGCGUGGAGCCGGUUGUGGAAAGCGUGGAGCCGGUCGCGGAGAGCAUGGAGCCGGUCGCGGAGAGCGUGGAGCCGGUCGCGGAGAGCGUGGAGCCGGUCGCGGAGAGCGUGGAGCCGGUCGCGGAGAGCGUGGAGCCGGUCGCGGAGAGCGUGGAGCCGGUUGCGGAGAGCGUGGAGCCGGUUGCGGAGAGCGUGAAGCCGGUUGCGGAGAGCUUGGAGCUAGUCACAGAAAGUGUGGAGCCAGUCACAGAGAGCUGAAAUCUCCCCCCAAAGUCUUGCAGUCAGUUUCCAUGGCCCCUUUCUUGUGACUGCAGCUGCUGGCAGGAAUCUGGGGGCUGGAGGAAAUGGAUCAUGGCCCAGCUCAGUGCCAGAAACUUUAGAGUGACUUGGAGUCUUUGUGGAGACGCGUUUUCCCACUUGAGAGAGCUGCAACUUUGCAGCCUUGCUUCCUUGCAUGGCCACCUCUGCUCCUGUUGCCACCCCAAGCAGGGAGAACACAGUGCAGAAGGAAGCAUUCCCCCACAUGCAACAGCGCAAGGGGGGAGGCCUCCUAUGUCUCUGUGUUCCCAUUAGCUCCGGCCCGCAGCAGCGCUUCCUUCUCUGAAGCCCAUUGGAACUGGGGUGGUUGAGGGGAGAUGAGGGGUGCACCGUGUGGCAUUCCUGCCGAUUUGGUGCCUCAAAUGACCCCAUUGGUGAUCUGUCCCUGGCUGCUCCUUCCUUCCUGUUGUGCCAGGGAAGGACUGUGGGUUCUCCACGCUUCAAAGUACCGGUAAUACGUCUUGGAAUGGCAGGAAUCAGCAUAGUCCUUAGUACAAAGAGUGUGCAUGAAACAGAAUAACUGAGGGCUGAACUGACCUUGCCUGACUCUCCAAAUAUCCUGGCUGCAUGGAGAAGACUGGAAUGGGAUGUAGAAUGGGAAGGGGGGAACCAAACCUGUCCUCCCAAUAAACAUCCUUCCUCUUUUCAUACCUUCAGCCUGUAUGUCCUCAAGACCCUGGAUGUUUUGUCAGUAAAAUGGCCAGGAUCCACA